ACAUACAUAUAUAUUCUUUUUCAGAUUCUUUUCAUUAUAGGUUAUUACAAGAUUUUUUUAACAUGCAAAAUUUUGUGCUGCUUCAGCUCACGUUUCCACUGUUUCCUUCUUAACCUACGUGCCAGCUGUGCCUCAUUUCGUCAGGCCAAGAAUAUACACGUUAUUCUACGGUGGCACAGCCCUGGUGACAGAGAUGGCUGCGAAAAAUACAUACAAAGAGAAUAGAAAAAAGAUCAGGCAUAUUAACCUGUGUUUCUCUGUCUAGAACACAGACUACAAAGUAUAUACUUAAUAAGUGAAUUCUGCAUAAAUAAAAGUUCAUUCCUAUGUUAUUUUCCUUGCUGCCUGUACCACCUUUAUUAUUAAUUUAAAAAACUUUCUUAUUAAGAUAUUUUGAAAUUUAAAAGCGAUCCCGGCGCGGCCGAGGGGAAGAUGGCGGCGGCCAUAGUGCUGGCCGCCGGGCUCUGCGGGGCGCGCCGGGCAGAGGCGGUGGCGGCGCCGCGGGCGGCGCAGGUGAGAGGAGCUGCAGGUGUGACUGAUGGGAAUGAAGUGUCCAAGGCCCAGAAGGCAGCUCCUCGGGGAGCAGCUCCAACCAUCUCCUCCUGGAUCCUAGAUCGAAGCCUCCCAGCUGACGUUCUGUAUGAGGACCAGCAGUGUCUCGUAUUCCGUGAUGUGGUCCCUCAGGCUCCUGUGCACUUUCUGGUCAUUCCUAAGAAGCCCAUUCCUUGCAUUAGCCAGGCUGAGGAAGAAGACCAGAAGCUUCUAGGACACCUUCUCCUUGUGGCCAAGAAGACAGCAAAGGCUGGGGGGCUGGGAGAUGGCUACCGACUUGUGAUCAACGAUGGGCAGCUGGGCGCACAAUCUGUGUAUCACCUGCACAUUCAUGUACUUGGGGGCCGACAGCUGCAGUGGCCUCCAGGUUGAACCUACCAAAUGACCGAGGACCUCAGACCUGGAAGCUUGGAUGGGGUGGGGAAAAACGGCACCCUGUGAUGCUAAUAAACUUUCUCUCCCUCAAUAAAUAAAUAAAUAAAUAAAA